GCAUAACUUCGAAGCACCUCUUUCUCUUCAAACUUGUACUGGCUCAGCGCUUUUGUUUCGACCUAUAAUCAUUUAUUAUCUACUUUGUAACAGAACCAGUGCUGGUCGCACCCUACCUUUUCUGCGAUGGUUCUCCACAACCCCAACAACUGGCACUGGGUGAACAAGGACGUGUCGGGCUGGACACGCGAAUACCUUGAUACCGAGCUUCCGCAAAUCUCUGCCGAACAAGAUGGUGUCACUGCGAAGAUCGACAAGGUCGCCAGCAUGGACGGAGACGUCGAUGUGAGCCAGCGCAAGGGCAAGGUCAUCACACUGUUUGAUGUCAAGCUGAAGUUGGAGUACUCUGGCAAGAACAAAGACGGCGAGGAGACCAGCGGCACUAUCACGAUUCCCGAGGUUGCACACGACACGGAGGAAGACGAGUAUGUCUUUGAUGUAGAUGUCCACGCCGAGGACAGCAGUAAACAACCUGUCAAGGAUCUCGUACGAUCCAAGAUCGUUUCCCAGCUACGCCAAAGCCUUGCAAAGCUUGGCCCAGCCAUCAUGGCUGAGCAUGGCAAAAACAUCCAGCAUGCGCCGGGCACUGAUCCAUCGUCCAGUUUCCCAACUGCGAAGGUCUACUCAAGCUCGAGCGUGAACAAGUCCACAGCUUCAAAGACGGAGAGCAGUUCUCAGAAGACGAGCACUGGCUCGGUUGUCAAUGUCACCACAAUCAACGACAGCACUGAGUUCCGUACUACAGCUGCGGAGUUGUUUCAGACCUUCACCGACCCUCAACGCAUCACUGCGUUCACUCGUGCGCCGCCAAAGUCCUUCACAGGUGCUAAGCCAGGUGGCACCUUUGAGCUGUUUGGUGGCAACGUGAGCGGAGAGUACACAGAGCUAGAAGAGCCAAAGCACAUCGUCCAGAAAUGGCGACUUGCACAAUGGCCCGCCGGCCACUACUCAACUUUGUCGAUUUGGUUUGAUCAGAACGAUGUCGACGCAGUCACAGUCAUGAGGGUGGAGUGGAAGGGUGUCCCAGUCGGCCAGGAAGAGUCGACAAAGACCAACUGGGGCCAGUACUAUGUCCGCUCCAUAAAAACAACCUUUGGCUUUGGUACUGUGUUGUGAGCCGGCGAAGGAUAAAGUAUCGCGACUACCUGGAAUAUGGAGCACGAACUUUCCGAAUGAUUUAUGAUUGCACACGAUGGAUAUGGUGAUGAAGCCGUACAAGAGAUUCACAGCUACAGAUAAAGAUGAUAGAAUUAUACCCCUUUACACAUUAUGUAUUCAUCAUGACUGUUGAUUCCAAUAUACUUAUCGAGCCC